AUGUGGGACACGGUCGAAAGCUUUCUCGAUGUCGAGGAAAUCCAGAAGCAGCAUCCGUGGACUCUACUCUUUGCCGACGAUGUCAUGCUCUCGUCGGAGUCUCGAGAUGAUCCUCAGAAACAAGUACAGUCUUGGAAGGAUUGGCUGCAGCAACAUGGAUUGCGCCUCAACAUAUCAAAAACUGAGUACAUGGUGUGCGGACAAAGGAUAGAGGAUGGUUCAAUUCGUGUCGAUGGCACCGAAUUAAACAAGGUAGACUGUUUCAAGUACCUUGGAUCCAAAGUGACUUCCACAGACGACAUUGAUCAAGAAGGUCGAGCACGUGUUAAUGCGGCAUGGAUGAAAUGGAAAAUGGCAACAGUCUGUUGCCAAAACCACUCUGAAGCUCGACGUCUCAGGAGUGAGCCCGCGUGGGAGGCCAAAGAUUCGCUGGUUGGACCGUGUGAAGCUGGAUAUGAGAGAUGCACGUUUGUGUACGGCUGA